UCGGAGUUUAAAAGUGCAAAAUAUUUGGACAUUCCUAGUUCCAAAGACUUUGCACCACAACAACACGCGAUAUGAUCUGGUUUCCUCUAGAUAUUCAUCCGAUCACACACAGAGGUCACAAGAGGAUAAAAGAACGAAAUGUGUUUGGCGAAGAAUGGAGAUUUCUUGUGGGUGUUCAUCUUGUUUAUGAAUUAAAAUGGUACUCGUGAACGCUGAUUUCUUGAAAAUAUUUGAAGAAUUCACCGAAUGUCAUGGAAUUGCUACCGCCUAGAUAUUUCAUAUUUGCUGUUUUCUUAGCCUGUAUUGUUCCACAGUGUAUAGUUGGUCUCAAAUGUUCAUGUAAUGAUCCAAACAAUAUUCUGUUAUGUGAUAAUAAUGUCUGUGAUGCUGGAGAAGGAGGGAAGUGUGCAAAACUUGUAGAGAGACGGGAUGGAAGUUUGGAAACCUCUUUGAUUUGUAUGCUUAAGGAGGAGCUAAUGACUAUAGGAAAAAAUGGCUCAGAGAAGCAUUUCAAUUGUAUAGAAACCACUCCCACUGUUUUGUUUGGGAAAAAGUGCUGCGAUGACCAGGACUAUUGUAAUGAAGAGUUGGACAUUCCGAUGCCUGAGUACACCCCUUUGCCAAGUGUUGUUUGUAACCAACCAGUACACAGUGGUAAAUGCGAAGGUAUAGAAACAGUACGCUAUGUUUACUUACCCGAAACUAAACGCUGUGUACAAUUUUCAUAUUCUGGAUGUGGAGGCAAUGACAAUCGAUUCAAAACAAAAGAAUUAUGUGAACAAAUGUGUAAAGAUUCUAAUGAAGAUGGAACAGGGAAUAAGUUUGACACCUUAGAGCUUGCCGCCAUUAUUGCUGUGCCGAUAUGUUUUGUGUGUAUCCUCAUCAUGAUUAUAUUAGUCGCCCGUCAUUUUCACCAUAACUUGCCCAGGAUUAUGAUUAACAGCGCAGAAGUCCCCCAUCCAUUUUUAGAUGGAGGUCCAAGCUUAAUAGAUAUCAUUGAUCCCACUCUUCCAGGAUCUGGCUCUGGACUUCCUCUUCUUGUCCAACGUACGAUUGCUCGGCAGAUUACUAUACAGGAGUGUAUCGGUAAAGGACGUUAUGGUGAGGUCUACCGGGGAAGUUGGCGUAAUGAGGCAGUUGCUGUAAAAGUCUUCUCAACACGUGAGGAGAAGUCAUGGUUCCGAGAAGCAGAGAUUUACCAAACUGUUAUGCUGCGGCACAAAAAUAUUUUGGGUUUUAUUGCAGCUGACAACAAAGAUAGUGGUAUUUCUACUCAGCUUUUACUGAUCACAGAUUACCAUGAGUAUGGUUCCCUCUAUGACUACCUGAAUCGAAAUACAAUUAAUGUGAAUGGCAUGAUCAAAAUGUCUUGGUCAAUUGCAAAUGGUUUAACUCAUUUGCAUAUGGAGAUAAUAGGAAUGCAAGGCAAACCGGCUAUAGCCCAUCGUGAUUUGAAGAGUACAAACAUUCUAGUGAUGCGCAACGGUCAGUGCGCUAUUGCUGACCUUGGUCUGGCUGUCCGUCAUAACUCCGCAACAGAUGAAGUAGACAUUGCUCCUAACCAUCGAGUUGGGACUAAGCGGUACAUGGCUCCAGAGGUCCUGGAUGAGUCUAUUAACAUUCACCAUUUUGACUGUUUCAAGAGGGCCGAUGUGUACGCUUUGGGGCUGGUCUUUUGGGAGAUUGCCAGGCGGUGCACAAUUGGAGGUCUUGUUGAAGAUUGCUGUUUGCCUUACUAUGAGUAUGUGCCGUUAGAUCCCAACAUUGAUCUGAUGAGGAAAGUUGUUUGUGUUGAUCAGUACAGACCCUCAAUUCCAAAUUGGUGGAGUUCAAUUGAGGCGAUGCGUAUCAUGGCAAAGCUCAUGAAAGAAUGUUGGUAUCAUAACGGAGCUGCUAGGCUAACCACACUGCGUAUUAAGAAAACUCUUGAUUCUCUUGCCAAGGGGGAGGAUGUUAAGGUCUAGGGCCAUGUUGCCCAUUGCCGAUACUGAACUGUGUCAGAACAAAGCAUAAGAGGGGGUUUGUGUUAACAGAGAUUUUGUUUUAUCUGUAAUUGUUUACAUGCCCACCCUUUAGUGACCCCUGAUGAUGUAUAUGAUACAUAUGCACAUUAUGUACCACGCAAUGCACAAAGUAACUAGUCAUCAUUUCACUAUAAUCAGAGGCAUCUUAAUAUUAACUGAAUGACUGACAUAUAUCAAAAAUGAAAAGUUUUGACCAAGCACGAACAGAUGUGAUGCCAGCGAUCUUGCUUUUGAGAAGUUUUGAUAAUCUGUACAUAGGAAACUGAGCCAAUUAUGUAUGCUUGGUAUUAUUUCUCUUGUGACUACUCCAUUUUGCAUGGCCUUUGCAGUUUACUUUUUAAAAAUAACACGACAGCUUAUUUCUUCUAGAUGAGUUGCUGAUAUAACUCACCCAGACAUGGGGCUUGAUGAAUUUUAGUUUGUUGCAUACAAUAAAUCGCUUAUACUGUAAAGUUAUGAUUAAACAAAGGUGCAGGAAAUAUAUAUACAAUGUCGGUUUCAUUUUUUAAAAUAUGAAAUCUUUAAUUAUAAAUAAGUUAUAUAUGGUACUGGUGGAUAAACUUAAAUUUUGUAAAUUAAUAAACAAUAAUUAGGUUUGAAACAGGUGGAUAAAAUUUUUAAAAUCAUUGUACACUUCAAAUAUUCAAAUUAGAUUAAUUUAUAUCAGAAUUUGUAUAUUGUCAGUUAAUCCCCAAGAAGAGAUUCAGCUCAGCUACUGCACACAAGCAGUGCUUCAUCUCAGCUGUUGCACACAAGUAGUUAUUCAGCUCAACUACUGCAGACAAGCAAUGCUUCAGUUCAGCUAAUGUACACAAGCAGGGAUUCAGCUCAGCUACUACACAAAAUUUAUACAUUUAUUUAUUUGACAAUCUUUCAAGAGGGUGGCUCUAAGUGCAUGCAAUGCUGACCUCAAGAGGCCUGUUUAAAAAAAAAUCAAAAUACAACAAAAAUUUUGUUAUGAAUUUACCUGUGUGCAUCUCACUAAUGUGAGAAAAGAAUGUUGUAAAUUCAAAAAGUAUAAUUAAAAGGUAACCACUGUGAUGAAUUUCUCAAAGUUGUUUAAUAUAAAUAAGCUUGUUAAGAAUACUUACUUAAAAAUAUCUCUAUUGUAUUAUUGUCUUGAGAUAAAUAUUUACCCAAUUAUUAUUCACAAUCAUUAUGUUUACCAUUUAUGUAAAAGUAGCUUGAUUAAAAAUAUAAAGAAUUUGUAGUAAUACAGAGGAUUACAAGAUUGUAAGACAAUGUUCUGUCAUUCGCUGACAUGAUUGAGAUAUCAAGUCUGAAUCCCUUUUGGUAAUCUCUACAUUGAUUGUGAUGUGGCGCAUAGCCUUAUGCAGUAUACAUACACAUUUACUAUUUUUAGGGAUUCAUUUUAAGUGAGAUUAAUUCACUGGCUACCUAUUGGCAAGUUAUUUGGAGGUUAGUUUAUUUUGAGUUAAUGCAGGAAUCUGAAUGCUACCUCUAUAUUAUACCUCUAAAAAAUAAACAAACCAACAGUAGGCAGAUAAAUCCUCUACAAUUUUUUUAAACCUUGUUCAUAUAUUUAUUACAUGUUUGUUUUAAAAUGAUAUGAUUUGAUUAUGACACUGUCCCAGGUCCAACUUUGAAUGAAUCAGAUAUAAGGUAUUUGUAAUUAUGCUAAUUAAGCUAUGAUGAUCAAUUGACCUUUGUGCAUACAUUGAACUUGUGUGUAAAGGACAUUGUCGUAAAAUGCUUAGAACCAUUUGAUUCAGAUUUGUCAGAUCUAUGUUCAUUAUAGAUUGUUAAUAUUUAUACACGCUUUAAUGUCAGUUUUAUGAGAGCAUUGUAGAUGUAUCCCAGGGAUCAUCUCAAACAAGAUCAUGCAUUGUCAGUUGCUCUGCCUUCUUACAGUACAUUUGCUAGUAUUAUUCCUCAUCUUACAGCUUAGGCUGAACAUCGUAAUUGAUAGUAAUGUUGUUUUAAUCAAUUAUUAAAUUGGGAGUGAAUUUUGUGACUAUAUGAGUCUACAACAGAUUGAUCAGAUCUUCUGUUAUAUAGAGCAAAGAGUGGAUUUAUUUACAUAUAUUUAGCAUUUGUAAUACAGUUAAUCUUGCCCAAGUCGAAUUUGCCUCAAAAUAUUUCAAAGUCAGUCUUAUUUUAUAUACCAAAUGUAUGUUUUUCAUUAAUUAAUGAUCUGUAAUUUAAACUUUAUCCAAAAUUGAACAAUUUUUCAAUUCCAUUUUGGAUUCGACUUGGGCAAGUUCAACUGUAUUUGCUUAUUGCAUAUUGAUGGUAAUGCUUGUAAAUUUUAUCCAUCUAUUAAUUAUUAAAUUCAUUUUUUUUAAAGUAGAGCAAGAGUAGAUUUUAUUCAGCAUCUGAAUUUUUACAUAUUGCAUCAUUUACGCUUGUAAAUUUUAUCCAUCUAAGAGCAACUGAAUAUACUAAUGUCACAAGCAGUAA